AUGACUGAUUGGGUAGGAGUGAGAAGGAAAGUGGUUUCUAUCCUAUCACAAUGGAUCUCGGUCGACUGGAUUUUGCAUCUGGAAGGGGCCGCGGUCCGAACACCUCAAUUCGAGUGA